CUACGGCCGGACUUUCCAAUUUCUUUGGUCUCGGUCACCAUUCUUCCUCUCCCCUCUGAUCCUCCAUUCACCCACUCAUCGAAAAAUAAUGGAGCAUGCUAUCCUUCAGUCUUAUCUCCGAUAGAAGUUAAUUGUUGGUGUGCCUACUGCCAGUGUGCGGUGGUAACCCUUUACUUAGGAAACGAAAAUGUCGACAGCAUUUUUCCAUGGAUUUGAUGAAGAAUACUCUGGUGGUCUAGAUUUGUCGUCGGACGUUUUCGACCAACUGGCGUUUAUAGAUGCACUUGCGAGGCGAGCUCGUACCUCAGCGGAGGGCAAUGCAGGCGAAGGCCUGGCAGCUUCGACUGGAUUGGACGAGCUAGCCACAAGCUCACUACAGGAUAUUGACAGCCAUGCUCUGCUGGCGGAUAAUAUCGGUGUCGACAUUGUCGGUAGGCCGACCGGCCCUGAAAUUAACAGGCGUACAAUGCCCUCAACCACCAACUACCUUCCAUCUCCAGUGCGUGCAGAAGGUUCUUCCACACAACUGGUGCCUGGAAGUGACAUGACGAACAAGUCGCUAGACUCUUUCCUGGCGUUGGCACCAGAGUCGCUGAUGUCAAUGGCCGGUGUCACGUCAAUGACGCCUGGUGGCGGCCCGCCUAGUCUAGAUUGCCAGCAACCUACAAGCUUUGUGUCUGGCCUGCAGCGUUCCUUCUGUCCUGACAUGGUUCACAUGCCAGGCAAUACGGUCAACAUGCAUGCACGCUAUUCCCCCAAUGGUACCGGCUCGGCCGGUCCUCCCUCUCCCCAGACGCCGUCAUUUUCUCAACACUCUGAGUUCUUUCAUGCAUUCCAUGGCGGCCAGACAAUGUCCCCAGCAGCAGCACCGCACAUGCAGUACUGCAACUCAGCAUCUGGACCUGGAGUGGUUAGCUCACGGCUACCUGCUGAUCCGAAUAGCGCGGCAGGUUUGAUGCCAAGCAUGGUGCCGACAAGUGCCAUGCGGCCGGACCUCCUGCGCCCUUCGCCCAACCCAACCAGUCCCAGACCGCUUGUUGGACGCAUCUCGAGUCGCUCAGCUGCAUCUGUUGGCUCAUUUGGUCCUACAUCAUCAGUGGGUGAACACAGCAAUUCGACCGUGCCGCAACGCACCAGCUUUACCUACGCUGUAGCUCACAAUCCCACAGCCAAGACCUUCCCUCCUCCAUGCUCAGUUAUCUCCAGCCACAUGCCCUUGAAUGGUCCUUCUAUCACUAGUCCAGCAGGAUCUGUAGGCAUUGUGGGGUCCCCCGCUUCGACAGGAAUAGUCCUCUCACCUCUAUCCUCAUCAGUGGGGUGUCCCAGCGGAACAAAUGUCGGACUCGGUGGCCCGAUGAAAUCUAUAUUCCACGACCCAUCCAAGACUGCUGCUAUCAAACGCAAGCGCAAGCGUGUAAGGGCUAAAAUCACCCCGGUUUCCAAGGCCACAUCUAUGCAGGCUACUGCUGCUGCUGGUUCUCCUGCUGCUGCUACUGUCUCUUCUCCGAUUACUUCUGUGUUUUCCCCUGCUGAACAGUCUUCUCCUGGCAUUCCGGCCAGUGCCAGUGAUGCUAGUGUUCUUCCUAGUGCCACUGUUUCUGCUGCUACUACUCUUCCUACUCCCAUUGCAUCUGUGUGUUCCCCACUGUACGCUGGUGCCACAAUUGUACCUUCUACUUCUGUGACUACUAAUGGCAGGCUGACAUCGCCUAAGUCGGCAAAAGGUGGUUGGCCCAAAGGCAAACCUCGCUCGCGACGAGAGUUUGGUGAACCCAGGCCCGUGCUAUCUUCGUGGCAGUUUUUCAUCUCCGACCAGUAUAAGUCCAUGGGCAGAACGAAAGAUAGUCACCUCACCAAAAACAUGAAGCAUCUGGCCGCGAAAUGGCAAGGCCUGUCUGAGGAGGAGAAAAAGAUCUACGAAGGGAAAGCUGCAGCAGAUAAGAAGCGUUAUCUCGAGGAGCUGAGAGUUUUCCAGAAGUCGGAUACUUACUCUGAAUCGCUCUGUGAGAAGGUCAAGGAGCAGUUUGGUGAAAACUGUACUGCCGAGAAGAUGGAUGCUGACGUUGUAGAUGCUCUCAAGAAUACUUCUGAGGUAGAGAACACCAAAGAUCUCUAUUGCUCGCUGUGUCAGCAGCUCUUCACCACUCAGCACAAUCACCUGGAACAUCUCCUUGGCAGAAAACAUCUUCAGAAUGUGAAGAAAAGCGCUGCUACCAAGGCCCAAAGCCGUACGAAUGCACCCGUUCCACCAUGUUCCGUUGAUGAUCUGCUGCUCACUCACAAAGCCGAGUGUUUCAUGGAAGAGUUCUUUGACGACAACCGAUCUCGGGAUUUGGAAAUCCAGGAACUGAAGACGCGGCAGAUUGUUGCACAGGUCCGUCUUCAACGAAACCAGGAAGCCGUUGGUAGUCUGGAGACACAUAAAUCCGUGCUACAUCACCGCGUAUCAGCCAUUACAGAACACAAGCACUCUCUGCAAACGCAGCUGGAUGCGCUGCAGGCCACCGUCAGGAAUUUCCAGAGCUUGGAGCCAGCAAGCAAGCGCCGUAGCCCGUCCUGUGGCCAGACCGCCGGCACUCUAAACCGACGUGCGUCGCCAGCGGGUAUGCUACCGCCGCUCAGCAUGUCCACGUCGCAUAGUAUGGCGUGUUCCACAUCGCAUAACAUGCCGUGUUCGCCGGGCACACCACUCUCUCAGAGUCAGAUGAAAGAGGCUAUGCUGCAGAGUGCUAUCAACUGCUUACCAUCGCCGCCUGACAGCGGUGCAUCCACUUGCUCCCUUACUCCGGAGGUAUCAGCCACCCUGUGCAUGCCGCCCACGAACCAGCCGGCAAGCAGCACCGCCAAUGGCAUCAUUGCUACCACUAGCAACCUGUGCAGCCCGCAGUCGUCCACGGAGUGGAUGGAGAUACCGCCUGGCUCGCAUCUCAUCACCGGUAGUAACACCCUGAGUCCACUGCGUCGCCUGGACCGCGCAGGUGGCAAUGUGAUCAGCAACAGCACAAUGAGCAAUAGCAUUGGCGGUGGCGGCAGUGUAAGUUCCUCCAGCGCCAGCUUAGUGACUAUGGGAAAUACGAAUAACCAUUGGACCAUAUCACAUGCUCCUGCUGCUGGUGCUGCCGGCGCCACUGCUGGUCUGCCACCGUCGUCGUGCACAUCAUCCUCAUCCACCACAGUCCUAACUAACAGCCUCCUGCAGCUGUCUGGCUUACAGCCGGAAAGCAUGAGAAGCACUGUUGCUACUGCAGCUGGCAGCACGGACGGCGGCUCUCACGAGCUUCUCUCGCCUGCUGCCGUUGCCAGCGCCCCUGGCCUGGGUGCGCACAUGCUGUCUUGGAAUGACUGGCUCGCCUCGGCUGAUCUCAAUGCCAAGAGCAGUGGCUCGUAAGCUCAGCCUCGGCUGAUCUCAAUGCCAAGAGUAGUGGCUCGUGAGCUCAACACACCACAUACACAGUCAAAUAGAUACGAUACGUUGCGUGCCGCCGCCGCCGUACAAGCGUAUAGUACCGAUCCGGGAGUGUUUGUGUCCGACAACUGAUUCUGUCUACAACUCUACAUCCUUACUUCCUCGCUCUAGUAAGUACCAGCUAUGUUCUCCGAAAGAAGAGGGAGUCCGUCUUUUUUUUUUAUCUAAACUUCUUUUUACCCUUUCUUUUAUCACCGGUAAGGCCUUGUGUCGGACUGCUUUCGUUUUCAUCCAUCAUGCAUCCUCAGUUACUGUGUCCAGGGUGUGUGUUCACCUAAGCACAAUUUUCAGAUAGUUUUAUCUCCUCGCACCCUCUAUUUCAGGUAGUUGGGCCCCUGCGGCUGUGUAUGCUGCUAUAAUAUGCUGCUGUUGCUGCAUGCAUGCAUGCAUACAUAUGCAAAGCUGCGGCGACCACAGCUACUACCGCUGGUCGAGUCGGACUGUCGGCGUAAAAAUAGACGGUGUCCCGAUGUAGGGCGCCCCCGCUAGCCAUGUUGUUGUUACUUUAGUAGCACCUUAUGAGUGAUGUGUCCUCGUUCCGCUUACAGCAAUAUACGCUCAUCUUGAUUCCCCCGUUGAAACUGCUCGAAAAAAUGCUCCCUUCUAAGUCUUAUCCAGUGUGAUGAAACGCUUAUUUAUUAAACUUGCGGCGUUGCUCAAUAUUUUCCAACACUUCUACAUUGUCAGGAGUUUAUCUACAACCUCAAACACAACGGAAACAUUUUAUUCUUAUCUACUCUUCAAGGUAUAGACAGUAAUAUGUCUCCUUCCCCUUCUUCAUUUUCUUUUCCUGGUGAAAGCCAUCUCCAUAUCUGGCUUAGCUCGCUGGACCCACAUUUGUAUGUUCGCUGCCUUUGUCCACACCUUUCUUCUUCCUCCUCACUGCUAUGGAAGGCUCGGCUGUAGCAGGCGCAAAACUAGUCUGCUAGUGGUCCUCUGCUCCCACGUCUGAUUGGCAUUUUUUUAUCUUUGCUAUAAAAUAUUUAAUAAUAUUUUAUGCCAAUAGUAUUGCCUGGGCAUGCUUAUUGGCUGACUUGACGGCUUCCCUUUUGCUGAAAGUACUCGUAGUAGUAGUAGCAGCUUGCCCCGGCGACUGGCAUGCACAAACGUGCCCUGCACAUAAUGUACUUUAGUCGUUUCUUUACGCCUUUCUCUUCAUCUAUCCUAGUGGAUGCGACUGUUUUACAACUUCCCCUCACAUUUCCUUGUUAGUUCUAUCGCCAUUCUAGAGGCUUCUUAUUUAUCCUUCAGCUUAUCAGUCCUGUCAUUCAAGAUUUAACUUUAUUAGCGGAGUUGUCUAGGCAAAUAGCUGCCACUUGAAAGCAGCAACAACUAAAAUGUGACGGAUGACUUUGGCAUUGUCGUGAA